UGCAUGUACAUAUCGCCGUUCCGGUGAAACAAUGACGUAACUGCAAAUUUUUGACAUUUUGACUCAACAGCACUAUUAGGUCCUAAAUUGAUGCAUCUAUACGGAAAAAGAACGACGUAAGUGUACAACCGUCAACGGCCGCAAGAUGGCAAAUACGUCAUUGUUACAUUAUUGAAGUUUCACCCCUUUAUCUUGGAAAAUAACGACACAUAGGUCAGUUGCGUGUUAGACUUCCCGGGAGGAGUUACUGUUUUAGUGGUAAAACGACGUAAUUGCAUAGUUAAACGUAAUAGUUGAAAUUUGUGUGCACCAGUUCAGGAGAACAACGACAAACUUUAAGAAGAUACAAGUCUUGAACCAGGUACUUAAUAUGAAUUCAAGAGCCGAAAAGAUAGUUAAUCUCGCUCUUUUUGGAGAUCAAAAUGAAGCUAAUUCAAGAGUUAUUUCUGCACUGCCUGGAUGCUCCACUUCAAAUCCUGAAGAAAAUACGUUACUUGAUAUUUCUAAUAACUAUGUCAUAGAAAAUGAAGGCUCAAUCAAACUUAGAAUAACUAGAACUAAAGAAAAUUUGUACCGUGAGGAGACAAGUUCAAGAAGCGAUUUUUCUGCAGGUUCGAGUGACAAUUACGAGCCUGCAAGUGACAACGAUUCGUUAGGCAGUUCGUUAAACUCUAUAGACGCAGAAACUGAAACAAUUGUCCAAGAGUUGCCCAAAAUUUCAGAGGCUAUAGAAUGCAAAGAAAAUUCCCCACAACGUAAAAAAGGUAAAAAGAGGUUACGCAGAACCGAAAAUUGGGCAAGCGUAAAAGCCAAAAGCUUAAAGAAUAGUGGAAAGAGCUAUAAGUCCAGAACAGGAAAACUGAUGCCGGCAAAGGAGAUGGCACCACCUUGUCCAGAUAAAUGCGUUUUAGCAUGUUCAAAGAAAUUUUCCGAGAAUGCAAGAGCUCAGAUUUUCAGGGAGUAUUGGGGAAUGGGUUCAUUACAGAGACAACGAGAUUUCUUGGGUUCGUGUAUUGAACAACUUCAACUUAAAUAUAGGCGAGUCACCUCUGGAGUGCCCCGUAAACCAAACAGUGCAUUUUAUCUUGUCGUUAAUGGAGGGAAAAUUCGCGUAUGCAAAUUAUUUUUAAUCCGUACCCUUGGAAUAACUGAGAGAAAACUCCGAACAGUCAUUGAGUCGAAAUUAUCAGGUACUGGAAUUGUAGCUGAAGAUAAGCGAGGAAAGCACGGCAAACAUAAAAAGGCGGAUGAAGAAAUAGUGAAGUCGGUACGAGACCAUAUUAAUGCCAUUCCAAGGGUUGAGAGUCACUAUGUCCGAAAGGAUACUACAAGAGAAUUCAUUGACGGUGGUCUUUCGAUUGCUGAAUUACAUAGGCACUAUGUAAGUGAAAGAUCUUCUACCCGAGAAACAACUGCCAGCUAUGAUAUGUAUGCGAGAAUAUUUAAUACUGAAUACAAUAUAGGAUUCUUUAUACCUAAAAAGGAUCAGUGUGAUUUUUGCGAGUCCUUCAAGAAUUCAGUUGGUGAUGAUAAAGAAGCCUUGGAGAAUAAAUAUAAUGAACAUCUACAAGAAAAAAAAUUAAGUAGAGAAGAAAAGGACAAGGACAAGGAAAGAGCCAAAAAUAAUGAAGUUGUGUUAGCCGUAUACGAUCUGCAGGCUGUAUUACCUGUCCCAACUGGGCAAUCAUCAGCAUUUUUUUAUAAAAGUCGAUUGAAUUGCUACAAUUUUACUGUAACCGAAAUUGGAAGGGAUAAAUCUCUCUGCUAUUUUUGGCAUGAAGGUUUAGGCCACAGGGGAGUUAACGAAAUUGGUACCUGCAUAAUGUUAUAUCUUGAAGAACUUGCAAAAUCGAACCCUGGUGUCGACAUAGUGUUUUAUUCUGACAACUGUGGAGGCCAGCAAAAGAAUAGAUAUAUGAUCGCAGCUUAUUUAUAUGCAGUGGACGCGUAUAAUAUUAAUACAAUUACGCAUAAAUAUCUUGUUCGCGGGCACACUCAGAACGAGGGUGAUGCUGUACAUAGUAUUGUGGAGAAAAAUUUGAAAAGGGCUAAAAACUCAGGGCCAAUUUACGUGCCCGACCAAUAUAUUUCACUAAUAAGAAAUUCAAAAAAAAGAGGCAAUCCUCUUGUUGUGAAGGAAAUGAAUUUCAAUAAUUUCUUUGAUUUAAAAGAUUUAUAUGGAGAAAUCGCUCCGAAUUUAUCGAAAAACGUCGAUGGGAAAGAAUUUAAAAUAAGUGACGUAAGACAACUUGAAUUUCAGAAAGGAAGCGACGUUAUUCGUUACAAAGUAAGUUUCAACCAAAAGGAAUGGGAUAGAAUAAUAUUCAGACCAAAGAAGAGACGUGUUUCCGAAUUACGGCCUAUCAAAGAAAUUAAAACAAAACCUGCUUACACACAAAAAAUUACAAUAACAGAAAAUAAAAAAAGAGAUCUGAAGAGUUUAGUUGACAACAGAAUAAUUCCCGAGUUUUAUAAGUAUUUUUAUGAUUCUGUUUUAUAACUCAUAUCAUUUAAAUGUACCUACUAUUGAUUCUCACCCAUUAAAAAUAUUGACAAAAACGCUGCAUUU